UCCACUUCCGGCCGCGAUAGCGAGCGGACGCAUUUGGAAUGGGCUCUGUCGGAGCGGUAUCAGCGGCCGUUUCUGGCCGCGGAAACAGGGUGUCUGCUGCCUCGGAUAACGAGUAUCGCGUUGUUUUGCCUAGUCUGCCAUCAGGAAGUUUAGUUUUGAAUACGGUUUUCAUGCAUGGGGAUGUGAGGGCCCGGCCCUAUCGUGUAGAAGACUUCAGGGAUACGCUGAGUGAUUUGAAAUUGCUCCCCGAGGUUUCGUCCUUGGGGGCGUAUCAAAUGAAUCACGUAUGGGCAGUCACGUUCAAGUGUGCGGAAGGCGCGAAGAGGCUGCUCGAAAAAGCCGACGUGAAAGUGGAGGGCCAGCGUUGCGUCCUCAUUGACCCGUCGAAGAAGGAACUGCGGUUGAAGUUGCACUGGCUCCUGCCUACCGUUCCCGACGACGACGUACGGGCGGCCUUGCUGAACUACGGAAGAGUGACGGAUAUAGUCAAGGAACGCUGGAAGGUUAGCGGCGUGUCUGACAAGGCCUCAACGACACGUACCGUGACAAUGAACCUGAAGGCAGGAGUCAAGCCAGAGGAUAUACCCCAUCAGAUAAGGAUUGCUGGUGAGCUUGCCCUUGUGGUAGUGCCGGGAAGGGCACCACUAUGCCUUCGUUGUCAGUGCACAGGGCACAUUCGCCGGGACUGUAAGGUGCCGCGCUGCACGCUGUGUCGUCGCUUUGGCCACACCGAGACAGAAUGCGUGCGUACCUACGCCAGUGUCGCGGGGCCCGUGGGGAGUGACGACAACUCGGAGCUGCUAAUGGAUGAAGCCGAUUCGGAAGCAGCAGCGAGUGCUGAGACAGAAAGCGCUACGACGGACAGUGCACCGGCUGAACAAAUCUCAGGCGAGAAAGUUCGAGCGGGGCCGGCGAACUUCAAAGGCGAAGGCGCACUACCGGUUACAGAUGAAGCCUCAGAAGCAGCACUGGUCAGGGAUGAGAAGAGCAAAGCGCCAGUGGUGGGUGGCAAGAAGGAAGCGGAGGAGGCAAUGGACAUUUCUAAGGAAGGCGCCGCGACUAAUAAGCGACCACACGAAGGCGUCGAGGGAGAGGGUUCUUCUACGGACCUGAUCAGCGCCGGAGAGCCACCACCAAAAGCAGCCCCCCAGCGUCGGGCAACGUUGCGGCCAAGGCCGACCAUCCCACAAGACCGGAGGCUGACGGCGUCGACACCAUCGACGCCGCCCCCAGCGCCGCCGGUUACAUAG